GCUGAGGAGCCUAGGGGCGGGGUGGGAAGGAGGACCGGCCAACCCCGGGGUGUGGGACAGAGUGCGUGUGUGUGGUGUGUCCUUAAGAGAAGGAAGGUGGCGAAGGGAGGAGAUCCCGAGUGGGUGGAGGGAGGGGAAGGGAGGGAGGAGAAAAGGGUGGGAGGAGGGCAAGGUGGGAGGGUGGCGGCUCACUCCGGACCCGGCGGGGGCAGCGCGAUGAGGCGGGUGACCCUGUUCCUUAACGGCAGCCCCAAGAAUGGAAAGGUGGUUGCUGUAUAUGGAACUUUGUCUGAUUUGCUUUCUGUGGCCAGCAGUAAACUCGGCAUAAAAGCCACCAGUGUGUAUAAUGGGAAAGGUGGACUGAUUGAUGACAUUGCUUUGAUCAGGGAUGAUGAUGUUUUGUUUGUGUGUGAAGGAGAGCCAUUUAUUGAUCCUCAGACAGAUUCUAAACCACCUGAAGGAUUAUCAGGAUCUCACACAGACUGGCUGACAUUGAACGUCGGCGGGCGGUACUUUACAACUACACGGAGCACUUUAGUGAAUAAAGAACCCGACAGUAUGCUGGCCCACAUGUUUAAGGACAAAGGUGUCUGGGGAAAUAAGCAAGAUCAUAGAGGAGCUUUCUUAAUUGACCGAAGUCCUGAGUACUUUGAACCCAUUCUGAACUACCUGCGUCACGGACAGCUCAUUGUAAAUGAUGGCAUUAAUUUGCUGGGUGUGUUAGAAGAAGCCAGAUUUUUUGGCAUUGACUCAUUGAUUGAACACCUAGAAGUAGCAAUAAAGAACUCUCAACCACCAGAGGAUCAUUCACCAAUAUCCCGGAAGGAAUUUGUCCGUUUUCUGCUGGCAACUCCAACCAAGUCAGAAUUGCGUUGCCAGGGUUUGAACUUCAGUGGUGCUGAUCUUUCUCGUUUGGACCUUCGAUACAUUAACUUCAAAAUGGCCAAUUUAAGCCGCUGCAAUCUUGCACAUGCAAAUCUUUGCUGUGCAAAUCUUGAACGAGCUGAUCUCUCUGGGUCAGUGCUUGAUUGUGCAAAUCUCCAGGGAGUCAAGAUGCUCUGUUCUAAUGCAGAAGGAGCAUCCCUGAAACUGUGUAAUUUCGAGGAUCCUUCUGGUCUUAAGGCCAAUUUAGAAGGUGCUAAUCUGAAAGGUGUGGAUAUGGAAGGAAGUCAGAUGACAGGAAUUAAUCUAAGAGUUGCUACCUUAAAAAAUGCAAAGUUGAAGAACUGUAACCUCAGAGGAGCGACUCUGGCAGGAACUGAUUUAGAGAACUGUGAUCUGUCUGGGUGUGAUCUUCAAGAAGCCAACCUGAGAGGCUCCAACGUGAAGGGAGCUAUAUUUGAGGAGAUGCUGACACCCUUACAUAUGUCACAGAGUGUCAGAUGAGACUUUCAGGGGCUGGAGGAAGAAGUCCAAGGUACAAAAUGUUUUCUUUCUCCACCCACUCAGUUGUCUAGAAGAAAUAACACUGUAAGGGAAUUUUAAGAAAACAUUUAAAGGAUUAGGCUUGUUCUCAGUGGUGCACAGGGGAAAAAAUGACUUUUUCCACCUUCUGAUUCUUACAGAAAAGCACUCAUUUAAUAGAUGUAGGGAAACUAGACUAUAUUGUUGCCUUUUGAAUGGGGUAGGGGGAUUUGCCUGGUUUUGUGCCCAGGAAUAGUAUCUAUUACAUUUGCUUUUAAAUAGGCAUGAUGUUGAAUACCAUCUUGGUUUGAGAUGCAUUUGAGGAUUUUAAUUUAUGAAAAGCACAACAUAUGCAAUUAUAUUUAUUGAAUACGUAGAUGCAGUAUGGAUAUUUAAAUUGUUAAACUUUAUGAAGACUCUGGAAAGGUUGUUCAGGUUUAUAAAUAGCUUUAGUGAUGGCUCCCCUCUUUAAAUGCCUGUCACACUGUAUGCAUAUGGUGAGAUCAGACUCCUUAAGACUCUUUUCAGGUUCAUUUUUAUAAUGUUUAUUUUUUAGAACAGUAGCUAAAUUAAAGAAAUAUCUAGUUCUUUCUGAUGGAGACAGAGUGGAAAGACGCCGCCGUACGUCACUGUCAUUCUCCAGGCCCAGUGGAACUCCCAGAUGGAAGAAGAAUCACCUACAGUACAACUUCUAAAAGAAGAUUUCUUAGAACUUUAUCCUAGGCAAGUUCUGCUCAACACCAGACCAGGCGGUUUUAUCUCAUUUACACUGUUAGCCUAGUUUUCUCAGAUACAAUCAACAGAAGCAUAGGAAGAUACUUAAAAAAAAAAAGAAAAAACCUAAGGUGCAUCAUUAAUAUUUAUUUAAUUCAAAUGCCAUGUAGCUUAAAUAGGGUCGGCUUAGAAGUAGGUUAUUACAUCUGAAUCCACUACAGACAAAGCUAUAAAGUGUGAGUGAAUGUGGCAGACCUGCCUUUCUGUAGGAGUGUAGAUUCAGCUAGACCCUAGAAUAGGGAAUGAGGAACUUCACCCUGACGGUUUGAUUAUAGCACCAAAAACAAGAAAAGAAAAUUAAUAAAUGAAGACAUUUAGCUGGUCUAAGAUGUAAUACCAGUCAGUCGGUCAGCAUCUGUGGGUCUUUUAUUUAUAUUUUGUUUUGUUUCUAACAAUUUUAACCCAAUUUUCUUGAGUCAUUAUCUCACUGCAGCAGCAGAAAUAGGGCCUGUACCCACCGACCAGUAACUUGGUGUCCUUAUGUCUUAGCCGAAGAACAGGGAUGUGAGCUGUGUCCAGAUGAGCUCUGAGUUCUACAGACUCAUCAGCUUGAGGCAGUGAAUCAUUAAAAACCACUUUGGUCUCCUUUGGGGGAAUGACAUAUCUUUAGUAUUUACGUAGCUUAUUCUUCUAUAUCUACAUAUGCAAAGCUUUCCUGAACGGUAAAGGGUACAAACGCAGAGCUGGAAGGAGACUGGGCCUUUACAAGUGAAGGAAAGCAACUUCAGAAAUGAAUUAUUUUCUUUGCUUUAUUAUUUUUACCAAGACAGAGAAGUAUUGUAUUGAGAGAUAUCUAUUUUCAUAAUCGAUAUGUGCCUAAAUUAUAUUUAAAUCAUUUCACUCUGUAUUAUAUUUUCAAUAAUUAUAGAAUGUGUUAUUCAUUUACUUAAAGGUACCUCUGUAGACAUAACCUAACACUGCAGAAGGAUCUGGAAGGUCUAAACACGGUGUGCUUAGAAGCUACAGAUUUUAGAUCUAAUGUAUUCUGCGUUAAUAAACAACAAGAAUGUUGAAAAGGUGUUUCUUCUCUUGCUUUUGAAAAUCCAAAUACACUUCUGUACUUUGCUUGCGUUUCUUCAGUAUGUGUUGAUGACCAGCCCUGAGGGUCUGGGUAGAAAAGGAACUAGGGCAUGACACGCGUUACGGAUUCGGCUCUUUCAACCUGCCAUCAAAGUGAAUUCAUUUCCUUAAA